AUGGCGUCAUCUAACGAAACUGGGAGCGGGGCACAGAAGCCAAAGAAACAGCUUCUCCUAAAUGCCUUCGUGAUGACGACGCCUGGACAUCUGUCUCCGGGGUUAUGGAAGCACCCACGGAAUCAUACAGACGACUACAAUAAGCUCAGCUUCUGGACGUCGCUUGCGCAGCUUUUAGACAAGGGGGACUUCCACGCCAUGUUUAUCGCGGACACUCUGGGCGCGUACGACGUCUAUAGGGGCCCAGCUAAUGUAGACCCGGUGCUUGCCUCAGGAGCACAGUACCCAGUCAAUGAUCCGCUGUAUGCCGUGCCGGCCAUGGCGGCCGCUACGAAGAAUCUGAUUUUUGGUGUCACUGCCUCAACUACUUACGAUGCGCCAUAUGCUCUGGCUCGGCGAUUCUCGACAGUUGACCACCUGGCUGAAGGGGGUGCGGCCAGAAACUUUGGACUGGAGACGCAGAUCGAACACGAUGAGAGGUACCGAAUUGCAGAGGAGUAUAUGGAUGUAGUCUACAAGCUUUGGGAAAGCAGUUGGAGAGAUGAUGCCGUCAUUCGAGAUCGUGAAAAGGGUCAGUUUGCAGUAGCAGGGAGAGUGCGCCCGAUCAAUCAUAAGGGCAAAUACUUUCAAGUACCUGGCCCGCACAUUUCAGAACCAUCUCCCCAGAGGACGCCAUUUCUAUUCCAAGCCGGGACAUCCAAAGCCGGAACAGAAUUCGGAGCAAAACAUGCAGAAGCCGUGUUCAUGGGCGGUCAGCUUCCGGAGCUGGUGCGAAAAUCGGUUGACGCGCUUCGAUCCACAGCCAAGAUAUUCGGCAGGGACCCGAACCACAUCAAAGUAUUCACGGGCGUUACCAUUAUUGUUGAUGCGACGGACGAGAAGGCGCAGGCUAAAUAUAAAGAACUUCUUUCGUACGGGGACAGCGAAGGCGCACUUGCUCUAUUUGGCGGCUGGACAGGAAAUGACCUUUCAUCGUUUUCUGACGACGAAGAUUUAGUUCUAGUAGACAAGCCGGCGAUUCGAUCUUUGAUUAAUCGAUGGUCCAGUACUGUACCCGGUACCGAAGGGCUAAAAUGGACCAAAGCUCGAAUUACAGAAUUCCUAUCGAUAGGAGGCAUGAUGCCCAAGAUCAUAGGAAGUCCUAAAACUGUUGUAGAUGAGCUAGAGAGAUGGGCUGAGGUAGCAGAUGUGGACGGAUUCAACCUGGCGCACGUAGUAAAUCCUGGGUCAUUUGAAGAUAUCAUCGAGUUUGUAAUUCCCGAAUUACGAAGAAGGGGGCUGUUCCGAACAGAGGCUGAGCGGUCAGGGGUCACAGCGCGGGAAGUAUUUUUCGGGCAGCCGCAUCUUUUGAGCGACCAUCCGGGUUACCAGUAUAAAUGGCCGAUAUCUUAA